ACACCGACCAAGAGGCGUCCCAACGAGGAUGACGUUCUACCUGCUUUAUUUGGGGAUAGCGGUGGUCUACACCCCGGCCCUGCCCGCAGCGGCGUUCUCCCGUGGUGCCGGGCCGGCUUCCUGUAAGAGGAUGAACCCGGGCCACAUCCGGGCCCAACCCCAAGACCCUCAGCAGAGCCACGUCACCAUUCGCACUUCGGUCCGCUCGUACCUGCCUGGACAGCUCAUCACAGUCACCGUCCGAAGCUCUCGAGACUUCAUGGGUUUCCUGCUCCAGGCCCGCGGUGGUCAAGAUUCCAGUUCCUUGGGAGAAGUGGAAGGUGAGGCGGCGUCACCUGGAGAAGGUCCCAUACUGGUAGGAGGCUCCUGGACCCUGACCCCACCCGGGACCCACACACUGCGCUGUCUCUCGGAAGGCGACACGCUCACCCACUCUGACAAACAGCUGAAGAGGAACCUGUCGUUCGUGUGGAGGGCUCCUGAUGCCCCCGUGGGAGAUGUUCGCUUCUAUAUCACGGUGGUUCAGUCCUACUUUGUGUACUGGGCGGGGAUUAAGUCUCCGCUGAUGCGAGACGGGAGUCUUUGGACUGGGAGAAACACAACAGGAUAUGGGACCAGAAGGCUUCCUGAAGAAGACAAGCUCACCAUCAUGUCAGGCAAUCAGAUCACCGGGCCGUCCUUCAGACCUCCAACAGGAACACAGACCUCCACAUCCAAAGAAGCCUGGAGCAGCAUUGUGACUCGAGGAGCUCUCACGGGAGCCCACUCGGACCAUGGGAAUUCCAUACUUUCAGGAGACUACCUCACAACAAAAGAAUCAGGCAGCGGUACAGGAAGUCCAGUUACUUUGAAGAACCCCGGUUCCUCGCUUUACUUAUCGGACCGCCUUCCGUUCAGGACCUUCUUCCCACCAAAAACCUUUUCCGCUUCAACUUCUCCUUUCCGCCUUGACUUGCUCAAUAUUUGGAAGGAUGGGAAAGUAUCUCCCGACAUCCAAACGAGGACUUCAGAAGUAAAUCCACGAAAGACUUCCCAACAUCAAACUUUCCACAUCGGUCCCUCCGUGCCAACAUCUCCUUUGUUUACAUUUCAGACCCAAAGUAGUUCAUCUUCACCAGGAAAGGAGAGUCUGUCCGAAUCCCAGACACAUGAGGGGUCCCAAACGUUAAGAGGAAUAUUCCUGUCCGACACCAGCAAACAUACGACAUCUCCAACCCAACUUCCACAAUCUAGAUCAGUUUUACAAAACCCUGGUCAGGCUCUUCUCAUGUUGGGUUCAAACUCCACGGACACACCAAGACCACCGAGUCCUCGAAACCCGCUUCAACGUCAGGAACAAGUUAGCCUGAGCCCAAAAUAUCCUGGUCUGUCUGGAAAAGCAUCCGAUUCCCAAUCGAGGCCCCGGAAUCCCCAAAGCCAGGAAUCCAAUACUCCAAGGUUGAAGGCCUUGGUCUUUCCAACAAAGACUGAUGCCAACAUUCCGCUGUCCACAACCCUAAAGACCAUCAGACCAAUCAAGUCCUCCGUUUCUUUUCUUCAUUCUUCUUCCCAGCAGUCUUCACUUGGGGUGACCAGUCCUCUCCAUCGCUCUGAGGACUCAAGCAAACUAUCUUUCACACGCUCCUCCAGGCAAGGAAAAACAUCUUCACCCAUCUCCACACCUCCUGAUCCAGUCUCUGUCCAUUCGUCCUCCACUUUCCCAGUAGUGUCUCCCUCGUUUCCCUCAAGUUCCUCCAAGUUCCCAUCAGCAGAGCCUUCCUAUUCUCCUGUUCCAUUGAAUUCCAUUCCUGUCAUCACAGGUUCAGCUUCUUCUAGUCCAACCCGCUCAUCCUCGUCAUCCUCAUCCAGCAAAUCAUCAAAUCCUUCAUCUGCCUCUACUUUCAGCUCAGCUGGAUUCUUGUCUUUCAUUUCAACCCCCCCGCAUCCAGGACCUUCUCCAGCUCCACGUCGCUCCCACUCCAACCGUGCCACGGUACCGCUGCCCCCCCCUUCGCCCACCCAAAGACAGAUGCUGCUCAUGCGGACACGAGUCGCUUCCACUGAUGCUGAGCUCUUCCACAAUCCAUCAACAUCCGACGCGGUUGGCGAGUCAGAACGAAAACCCGAGCCAAAGUUCAAACUCAACAUGAGGGAUGGACUCAAACCAAAGCCACCAAAGACGGACGCAAAGCUUCCCUCCAAUCCCUCACAGACUCCAGGCAAGGACGGCAAGUAUCCGGAAGUCGUGUCCAGGCACAGCUCCUGGGAGCUCGGAAUGCUGCUGGGUUGUUCGGCGGGCCUGGGAAUGGUCUUGGUGGUGGGUGUGCGCUACGUGUACCGCCAAGCCUGCGGGAAACGAACCGAAGUGACACUAAACGACCGGGAUAGAGAUUACAGGAGAGGCGAACAAGGAAUGAUCCAUGUUCAGGAAUGUGGGGAUUUGGUCAGGGUCCGCAGGAUCCGAGAGAACAGCUUGGUGCUCCUUGCCGAGUACGACAUAUUGGCAUCAACCGGAGACUGAAAGACCACCACGCGUCCACGGAUGUCCACAUGUCACCUAGCAACACCGAGGAUCUCAGAUGAAUUGUCAUUUGAACGAUUCAUUUGAACGAUUCUGGUUCCAAACGAUUCUUGUUUCCGAUGCUUUUAAAAAGUCCUAAAAGUUUUCAUUUUCCAGACUUCUUUUUGGAUGAAAUAUCUGAACUUUUUUGAAACGUAGUAUACUUUGUUUGCUGUCUCAGUGUUAGUGAAAGCUAUUUUUUUAUGACACCCUUAUUUUGUUAACAACCACAUGAUAAUGCUUUUACUUUGAAGGCUGGAAGUGUGUUGUGUGAGUUGAGAAGGCCCCUUGACUGACUGUGCCAAUAAUAAACUUAUCUAUAUAACAGAUUAGGCCAUUUGGGGCCAGAUUAUACCCCCUUUAAAAAUACAAAUACUCAAUACCAAUAACAGUAUUGAUAUAUUGACAUUUUCAGGGUUAAAUGCAUAUCACAGAAUAUAUAAAGUUUAUGGUAAUUUGGCCUGCUACGCUUGUACGCAUGGAUGCUCGAGACUUCAUCCCCAAUCCUAAUUGUCAUAUGAAUAUGUUUAACAAUAAGAUAUAUAUUGCUAGUACAUUCCAAAAAAUGAGUCUCGUCUUGUUUUUAAACUUUUGACAUUUAUUUCCUCUUCUUAAAAUACAUUAUAGAUCAUUUUGUCUGUCAACUAUGAAUGAAAAGACAAUAAAAAUAUAAAGUCUUUGGCUUUUGGGUGUAAAAUCAUGAUCUCUAACAGCCUUCAUCAUGGGGAGGAAGAUGAAAAUGAAUGUAUUAUAUUCAUAUUCUAGCAGUAUCAAAGCUAUAAAUGUAACAGUGGAAGUUGAAAAGUAGAA